AUGGAAAACCAACUAAAGGGUCGCCAAAAUAAGAGACGACGUGCUGCGGUAAGUAGUGAGCAGUCUAUUUCAUUUCCUUUGCCUCAGAGUGAUAAUUCUGAUAGCUCACAGAAUUUGUCAGCUAGACGUAGAGCAAUUUUAGCUAAGAAUGCUCGAACUGAAGUAUCUCAUGUUCAAACGUCAUCUUCAUCAACUUCUCGCCAACCACCUUUGUCUGAAGGGUCGUCCAUUUCGCCCAUGUAUUUAGAUAUUGGCAACUGUAGUGAGGUAUGCGAGUAUUGUAAUGCGCGUUUUUGGUAUGAUGAACGCCUUAAAGCUUCACCUCUUAGUCGACGUCCACGGUACAACCAAUGUUGUAAGGGUGGUCGAGUUAAAUUACAACAUCCACGCGAACCUCCUGACAACAUAAAGCACCUUUUCGAAAGACAUGAUUUCUUAGAUAAUAUUCGUGCUUAUAAUUCCAUGUUUGCGAUGACUUCUUUUGGCGCGACUACUGAUGACUCUAUAAAUUUAACCUCUGGGCCUUAUGUUUUCAAAGUCAGCGGUCAGAUAUGUCACGGUAUUGGAUCUAUUUGCCCCCCUUCUGGCAAACGCCCUCGAUUUUUGCAAAUCAUCGUCUUAGAUGCGGAUAUUGUUGCACUUCUACUACAAACGUUAGAUUCCACUAACAAGGUGGUGAGACUUUUUCGUACUGCUCGAGAUCUUUCUCUUUCGGCAGAUGUUCCUGAUUUUGCUAUUCGUUUAUACAGCAAUGUAAACGAAAAGUCGUACGAUACCCCAUCAAUUGGCUCGAUUGGUGCUAUUGUAUAUGAAGAUCAAGUAAGAGCAUCUAAUUUUGAUAUAAUUAUUCGUUCGAAAGAUGACGUCCCCCAACGUGUUAGUAAGUUGCACUCUCUAUAUAUGGCGUUGCAGUAUCCAUUGUUGUUUGUUUUCGGAGAACAAGGGUGGACUCCGGAGCUUCGGUUAGCGGAUGAUGCUUCGUCACGUCCAAAGCAACUUACUAUGAACAUGUUGUAUAGCUAUCAUCUUCAUGAUCGCUUUAGUUUAUAUACUCAUUUGCUUAGGGGUGGACGUUUGUUUCAGCAAUAUUUAGUAGAUGCGUAUAUUUGUAUCGAACAAAAUAGAUUAGAAUACAUACAAUCGCAUCAAGAUCUUUUUAGAACUGAGUACUUGCAAGGCAUUCAUGACGCGCUGAUACGAGGUGAUACAAAUUGUCAUGACAUUGGUAAGUGGACCGUUUUACCUUCAUCUUUCACUGGUGGCCCGAGGUACAUGUACAAACAUUAUCAAGAUGCAUUAGCAAUUUGCCGUGUACAUGGAAAUCCCCAAUAUUUCAUAACGUUUACCUGCAACGUAAAAUGGCCGGAGCUUAAACGAUAUUUAGCCGAAACGCCACACGUAAAAGUGCAAGACCGCCCGGACAUUAUCGCUAGAAUUUUCCGGGUGAAAGUUGACGCUUUCAUGGGCUAUUUACGCUCUGGUGCCCCUUUUGGUGAGGUUGUGGCAGAAUUCCAAAAAAGAGGGCUACCUCAUUGUCAUACUCUUUUGUGGGUCAAGCCAUGUAACAAAAUACAAAGUCCAGAUGACAUUGAUAGUUACAUCUCCGCUGAGAUUCCGAACCCGACGGUAGAGCCAGUUCUUCACAAAAUUGUCACCGAAUUCAUGUUACAUGGACCCUGCGGAUUACCUAAACCAAAUGCUCCUUGCAUGAUUGACGGCACCUGCUCAAAGAAUUUUCCAAAAAAUUAUGAAUCCGCCACAAGAUUCGACAACGAAGGUUAUGCUCAUUACAAAAGAAAGGCGGAUGGUUUCUUCGUCAUUAAGAAUGGCGUCACUUUGGAUAACUCAUUUGUUGUUCCUUACAACAAAGACUUGCUGCUUCGAUUUGAUGCGCAUAUUAAUGUCGAAUAUUGUGGUUGGAAUAUGGUUAUCAAGUAUCUAUUUAAGUACAUAUCAAAAGGCGCCGACCGCAUUCGUUUUACAGUUACAAAAACAUCAAAUGUUCCUGAUGCGCCUAACCAUACAUCUUCGUCUUCAUUUGAUGAAAUUAAAAAUUUCGUUGACGGUCGUUUCAUAUGUCCACAUGAGGCCGCAUGGAGGAUAUUUGAUUUCCCUAUUCACAGUAGAAAUCCUGCCGUUCAAGUAUUGGCUGUGCAUUUAGAGAAUAUGCAGAACAUCAGUUUCCGCGAUUCACAGCAAUUACAAAACGUUGUGGACAAUCCUAUAGCAAAAAAGACGACCUUAACAGAAUGGCUACACAACAACAUAUUAGACGAUAAAGGCCGACAUCUUCGUUACGUUGACUAUGUUUCAGAAUACAGGUGGGACACUUCAGGAAGAUGUUGGAUACGUAGGGCCACAAAUAGAACGCCAGCUAUAGGAAGACUCAUAUACGUCCAUCCGUCUUGUGGCGAGACUUUCUACUUACGUAUGCUGCUAGGCCAUCAAACUGGAUGCCGAAAUUUUUCGGACAUACGCACCGUUGGUACGGAAAUUUUCCCAACAUACAGGAACGCAUGCGAGAAACUCGGCCUACUUGAUAAUGAUGACGAAUGGACAUAUGCAUUCACGGAAGCAUCCGUUUGGGUAACUUCAAAGGAACUACGGUCUCUCUUUACACACAUGUUAUUAUUUUGUGAGAUAUCAAAUCCCUUAUCACUAUGGAGAGACCAUUGGCGUGCUAUGAGUGAUGACGUUGUCUUAAAUAUCGAACGGGCUACUGGUUUUAAACCUACUAACAUAAGCGAUGAAGAUUUACAACAACACGUCCUAUUUGAGAUUGAACUAUUUCUCAAUUCUAGCGCAAGUUCUUCAUCGCUUUGUAACUUUGGCUUACCAAUGCCACGUUCUGAAGUUGCUUCCAUUUUAAAUAAUCGUCUUUUAAUGGAAGAAAAGAACUAUGACAUACAGAAAAUGUCCUCUGAUCAUGAACUUCUAAAAAAUGCUCUUCAUCCCCAACAAUUUGCCAUCUAUGAUUUAGUAGUCAAAUCAAUCGCACAAGAAAGACAAAUACUGCUUUUCGUUUAUGGCCACGGAGGUACCGGUAAGACAUAUUUAUGGACAACUAUCAUUUGUGCAUUACGAGCUUCUAGCAAAAUAGUUUUAGAUGUUGCGGCUUCAGGGAUUGCUUCUUUAUUGCUACCAUCCGGAAGAACUGCUCACUCAAGGUUCAAGAUACCUCUAGAAUUAACUGAUGAUUCCCUUUGUGACGUAAAAAAAUACCCAGCUCGCGCAACUUCUUAA